CGACACAACUGCGCCGCCAACACAAACGCAAUCAGCAGGUCACUCUCUCUGUCUCUCCUUGACACACACUCGCUCACUCUUCUGGAUCCUCUUUAUUUUCAUUCCAUUCCUUCAGUCGUGUCAUUUUUGUGUGGGUUUUCUGCCCGCGUGUGUUGUAUUCGCUGUUCAAACUCGCAAUCUCGAUUAUUUGGGAGUUGACGGUCGGUCCGUCGGUGCUAAAUCCACCAAACACAACAACGGCUUUUGUUGAUAUUCCCACGACGUCAGGGACAAGAGGGCGACCAGACUCAGAUGCUGCCGCCUUGAGCGCCACAGCACCUCUUCCACCUCCAUUCAGCAUGUUGCGCAGCUAAAGCCGAGGCCAUGUCGUCAUCAAACCCUCCAAUCGAAGACGAUCCAUCGCCCGAGCCUGCGACCAUCGAAAUCCCCGUGACCCCUCAAAACGCUUCGGCCGCCAAGAAGCUCGCCGAUGCCAAAGCCACGCCCAAGUCGGCCCCAGUGGCCGGCAGACCUCGCGCCCGAACCUCCUCCAAGAAGCCCGAGCCCACCCUGCUCGCCGAUUUCUUCAUGGGCCGCCCCUCGCCCGCUCGAGUUGCCGCUGAACGCCAACGGAGGAUGAGCCUCGAGGCCGUCAAAGCCGAGUUGCGCCAUGAAAUGAGGCAGGAUGCCGUCAAGCAGGUCCAGCCCCCGGGCGGCGUCAAGGAUCGUGUCAAGAAGUGGCAGAAAGCCAAUGCUGCUAUCACGGUCGAGGACACUCCGGACGAAGCAGCAACAGAGCCUACCGAGGUUGCCUUCAACGGUGAGGACGUUAAGAGCGUCACCGAGGAAGAUCGAGUACGGAUCAAGAUGAGGAGGAAACCCAAGCGAGUCAACAACAACAAAUCCCAGGAAACAUUGGAAAGAGAGAAAGAACCGCCUCCAGAAGCACCAGCCAAAGUUCCACCCAAGAAGAGAGUCGUCAGCGACGAACACUGGCGAAAAUCCCGUCCCAAACAGGGGACCCCCAAGAACGGCAACGGCUCAGGUCCAGCUCCACUCCCGAAGGACUUCACUAUCCGCAACGCUGCGAACCCGUCUGUCUCUAACAAAGUCAAAUCAUGGGCGUCCAAAGUGGAGAUACCGGAUACCCCACCCCCCAGGAGCCACAGAUACGCCAAGUCCGUUGGGUCCAAGGCGUGGACUGAGGACACCGAGAGCGAAUUAUAUAGCGAUCUAGGCGAGACUAUAAGCGAAGCCACGCCCAGCCAUGCCACCAGCAGUCGGGUGACAACCCAACGGUCUGCCAAGUCUGUAUCAGCAGCGGACGACGGCAUCCGUGUCACCCCCAUCCGGAAAACAAUGCUGGAUGAUGAUGGGAUACGAGUACGACCCAUGAGCGAAGUGUCCUCGGAAGCAGGCACCUCACGGCCUGGUUCUGUUCGAACAGCCAGGCUGAGGCGGAAAUCCACCCAUAGCUCACGGCGGACUAGUCCUCGCCCAGAGAGAACCAAAGUGACCGAGAAACGAUCCGAGGAAUCGAAGACUGAGGUUUCCGAAGAGCUGUCCGAAGUGACAAAGACCGAGGUCACUGAGGAAGAUUCCAACAUCUCCAAAAGAACCAAAGAGGAUCACCCGGUGAUCCAAGUUGCAGAUCAGGACUCGGUGAUUGAUACUCCCACUAAGCGUCGGAGUGUCUCUGGCAGCAGGAGGAGAUCGCGACCCAAGAGUCACCACUCUGGCUCUACAGCGCGCAAAGAUCAUUCGUCUUUCAUUUCCGAGGAGGAGACGAAUCUGGAGCCGCCUCUCUUAGACACAUCCGACCUAUCUUCCAGCAUCCUGGCCAAGUCAAUUGCAGAUAUUCCAGGCGAAAUCCCCUUCGGAAACUCCGCCUUCAGUGAACUGGAUCUUCCAAUCCAUGGAGGCCCCCCGCGAAGCCGCCCCAAGCAGCGGCCCAAGGUGGAUAGGAACACAAGUUUCAAGGGCAUGCCUAAGGUGUUCAAGAAGGUCAUGGAGGAGGGCAAGAAGAUAAUCCACGAGUUGAACGAGCCCCCGAGACAUCCCUGGCUCAACACCACGGUAGAAGCCAACAAUACGUCAGAUCCGUUUGUCGACGAACCUAAGCAAGAACUCAAACAGGAACACAAGGAGGAACCCGAGCAGGAACCCGAGCAAGAGACUGCGCCCGCUCCCAAAGAACAGACCCCCCAAGAGCGAGAGCUGAGUCCUGAAACUGUGUCUCCACUUGCGACCAAAACCCGUCGAAAAUCAUCCCAUGGGCAAAAGCGACGAGCUUCAACUCAAAAACUUGACAAGAUGGAGACUGAGAACCCUGAGCCUAAAGCCCAGUCUGAAGUGGAACGGACACCAGAGCGAAAGCGGCACGGAUUAAAGAGGAGUCGAGCAACUCGAACCAUUUCGUCCCCUGUCAAGCCCGGGGCCAAGAAGCAGUUGCUAGGCAUGCUAAAGGAGGCCUUCCAGGGUGAAUCUGGAAAUCAAUUGCCCAAGCCAAAGCCCUACCAAAGCCGAGAAGAGCGAAGAUACGAAUAUGAUGAUGACGACAGGUAUGACGAUGAACGGACGUAUACAUACGAUGAGGAGACAGAAGAUUGGGAAGAGUCAGAUGUCCACAGGAACCAGAGUACAAUACUCUCCAAGUCCACAAUGCUCUCCAAGUCUAGGUCUAUCUCUCCAGAAGAACAGGAGCUAUCCAAAAUGCUCGGACCCAGACUCAGGCCACCGACCAACGGCCAUCAUGAGCUCUCAACUAUCAUGUCCGAGGAGGGUUCUAGUGCCCUCGGUUCGGAGUUGACCCACUCUUCUAUAACCAACUCGACUGUGACAAACUCGACUGUGACCCAGUCCACCCUUCUCACUGGGGAUAGCGAGCUUUCCAAGUCCAAAAGCCAGGGCCCAGGCCUAAAGCGACGGCUUACUCGCCAUUCUGACCUUGUCUCCGUUCUUUCGCUGCCUAACGACAGCAACGUUCCCACCAGAAUCAAGAGCAAUCGGUCGCGCCCGAGCUUCCGAAAGAAUCGUGGUGGCCCCAACGACGUGACCACCGAUGACCUCCUCAACGAAUUUGCUGAUGAUGAGAACCUCUACCUCCGCGAACUCAAAACUCUAGUUGACGGCGUUAUUCCUGUGCUUCUCUCUCAAGUUGUCAACGAUGACAACGCAACGGAGCUCUUCGGCUCUGGAAACCGAACCAAUCGAGUGGGCAGCAUGUCAAAAUCCGUCAUCCAUAUGGGAGUUGCACUGGAGAAGCUCAAACUCACCCAUCGGAAGGCCCCAGUUUCAGAUAUGCGCCGUUUAGCUACCUGGGGACACGGUGUAGUACCUAUUUAUCACAAGUACCUUGAUGCCUGGAGACUAGGUUUCCAAGACUUGGUCGUCAACCUCGCCCCAGCCUCUGGGAAACUUGACGAUGAGGACUCUCUGUUGAAUGCUAUGCCACGAAAUGAGUUCGGCGAUAUCGUCGAUUCCGAGGGAGAACGAGUCGACGUUGCGCAUCUCUUGAAGCGUCCCCUCCUGCGAAUCAAGCAGAUGGCCAAAUUUUUCAAAUGCAUCGACUCAAUCAUUGGAACCAAUGAUUCUUAUUACCUUCUCAGAGAUUUUGAGGACUUGCAGGACAAGGCCCGACGUCGUCACCGAGAAGAGAGCGCCAGGUUGGUGGACGAAGACGCAAGCAACACCGAUACCACAAGAUCGCGAGAUCUACGAACGCUUGCGCCUCUGGAGUACGUUACCAUCGAACCGAACCGCCAAGUCAGCGCCAAGGACUUCUUCUCACUCGACUUGGCUCACUCAAAUAGCCAGCGGCUUGAGUGUCAAGUUGAGUUAGUUCACAGAGACAAUGAGCGCCAUCCUGAAGACAAGGGCGAUAUCCUGAUCCGAGAAACUGGUGGUGGCCGCCGGUCAUACCUCCUCUUCCCACCUAUCCCCAUGGACAUAAUCUCCGCGCGAACGGGAGAAGGCAACUUUGACAUGGUGGUCAUGAUCAGAGGCACACACGAUGGUCGACCGUGGCAUGAACUACUCACUCUAACGACGGAUAAUGAGGAUCAAAUUCUGGACUGGCUGGAUGUUCUCCCAGUGGCUCCUGUCCCGCCGAGGGAGCCAGAGCCAAGUGUUUGUGGAGAUGACGAAACCCCAUCGAAGUUGAGGAUGAGGGACGUCCCUGUGGGCGCACGAGGGCCCAGUAAACGCUCAUCUCGCUCCUCUCGCUCCCCUCUCUCCACACACUCUUCUCGCACAGCUCUUGCCGAAGCAUCACCAACAAGCCCACAGACACCCACAAAGCAGCCCCUACCUUCCCGGUAUCGACCUCGCACACCCUAUCGAGACGAUGGAGCACCCCCUCCCCCAGUUCAUCGCACUCUCACCCCCAGUCCCGGCCCACAAUCCUCAUCCAAGUCGCAAUCUCUCACCCCUCCUGUUGAGCUCCAGAGUAGUGGUCGCAUCAAGCGCCGAACCUCCUCCCCUCUCAAGCAUGAAUACUUACCUUCUGAAGGCUCGUCCGUGGCUGGAACUUCUCUCACGGAGGGUACGGACAUGUCGGAAGACUACACCGAAACAGAAUCCGAUAUUGAAUCUUCUGAUGACGAAAUUGAGAGCGUAGACCUACCCGAAACUGAGCUCGGAGUCAGUAUCAAGCAAGAACGAGCCUACCCCCCUCCUCUCAUGGAGUCAGUCGUCUCCGGCUCCACUUACAGCCUCACCCCAUCCAAUUCUGCAUCUCAAGCCGGCCUACACGGUCGAAAGAUUGCUCCCGAGGAAAGCGCCACAAGAUUCAUUGCCUCGAUCUUCAAGUGGUCAGAAAAGGGCUUGUGGAAGGACAUCUCUGCAGCCAAUUGUUCCAUCGUCGUUUCCCCUGGUCUAAUUGAGGCAUAUCCCCUGAACCCUGGCGGCGUCUCUGAAGGGCUUGAUGAUAAGCCGAUGUUGGCAUUGGACCUCACGCCACUGGUCUUGAUUCGACAAAGUACCUCUGUUGAUCUUGAAAUUCGCUCCGCAGUCAAGGAGGAUUGCAUGAUAUCCAAUUCACAUGGUGGAGGAAACUUUCGCUUCCGAUGUCCCACGGCCCCGGACUGCUUCAACCUUUACAAGUCGGUCCACCACGCCCGCCUCAACAACCAGAAGUUCAUCGAACUCGAGAAUGAGGCUAGAUUCAAGAGCUUCGGCGAACGAAAGGGCCCUGUUGGAAAUGAAGACGACACCAGCAGCCGCCGAAGAAGUUGGUUUGGCCGAAAGAACAGCUACAGGAGCUCGGUUCGCGCUCCCUCACACGAUGGUGCUAGCACGACCCCAUCGUCGAGUCUCUCCGCGACAAGCUUCCUGAGACGACUCACCGGGGGCGGGAACCUGCCAUUCAACCUCGCCCGGUCCUCUGUGGACAGACAAACCCGAGCCAGCGGGUAUGGAAAUAGCUUCUACACUCCCGACUCAUCCUCCGGUGGCACCAACACUCCUCGCUCGCCCUCUAUCAGCGUCGAGAACAGCGGUCGCGGACCUUCAAACUUGGGAUCAGAAAACAUCCGCAUCCGACUUCACCUUCUCAUAUCUGCCGCAAAGUGGGAAGACUAUGGCAACUGCAGCCUACAGAUCCGACGACCGCCCCCUGGAUGGCGUCAGGCCCUCCGUGCCAACCACGGCCUGGAAAAACGGGUGACAGUGACUACAAUCCCACGUAAGGAGUCGGAUAAGCCAACCAUCCUGCUAGACGCAGUGCUGGGCAGUGGAUGCUUUCAGCAGAUGGGUACCCGGGGAAUCGUGUGCGGCGUCUGGGAGGAGAUGAAAGACGAUAAUGGCGUGGUGGGCGCCGCACCAGCGACAGGUGCCACGGGAGGCAAUGUCAAGAAGUGGUGUUUCCAGUUUGCAAACGGUAACGAGGCGCACUGGGUCUUGCAACUGGUUCACCAGGAGGUUGUCACCUGAGAAUCUGGCACCGCCACAACUGCCGAAGCGGGUGGUGGAGAGGUCAUGGGGAUCAUGAUUGCAAUGCCGGGAC